AUGGCGGCCCAGCAGAAGCAGCAGCAGCGGCAGAAGGAGGAGGAAGAGGCACCGGAGCAGCACCCGGGCGCCGCCGUCUACACGCCCUGGGUGCUCGCCUUUUACGACAUGUGGGUGCUCUGGUUCUCGUGCACGUACAUAUGGAAGUGCUCGACGUCGCGCGUGCUGCUGCCGCUGUUCCGCGCGUCCAUGGGCCGGCGCCACCUCGACAUCGGCGUCGGCUCCGGGUACUUCCCCGCGCGGGCGCUGGGCGACGCCGCCGCCGCCGCGCCGCCGCCGUGUCGCGAGCUGACCAUUGUCGACCUCAACCCGCACGCCCUCGAGGCCACCAGGCGCAGGGUCGAGCACGCGGCGGCGGGCGCGGGCCGCCGCGUGCGGGUCACGGCCGUGCUCGCCGACGUGACGCGGGCGCCGCUGCCGCUCGGCGCGGGGGAGCCGGAGACGGCGACGGCGGGGGCCGGCGGGGGCGGGGCUCCGCAACACCGGCAACAGCCGCAGCCGCAGGCGCCGCGCUUCGACUCGGCCAGCAUCUUCUUCCUCCUGCACUGCCUGCCCGGCCCGCCCGCAACCAAGCUCGCGGCGGUGCUCGACGCCGUGACGCCGCUGCUGGGCGACGAGGCGACGCUCGUCGGCGCCACCAUCCUGGGCGUCGGGCGGCCGCUCGGGUGGGCGGCGCGCUGGCUGCUGGCGGCGUACAACCGGCGCGGCAUCUUUGGCAACGCGGCCGACUCCGAGGACGUGCUGGCCGAGGGGCUGCGCCGCCGGUUCCGCCACGUCGACGUCUGGUGCGUCGGCGCCGUGAUGCUGUUUCGCGCGAGGGGGCCCAAGGACGUCGAGGACGGGGGGGGCCGGGAGGGCGGGAGGGCUGUUGCGGCGGCGUGA